AUGGCUCAAGCAAACUUGCAAGAUCUUCUUUCCAAAGUCAAUGUUACGGCCGCUCUAGAUAUCGAGGGGAACGUUCCCUUGCAAAGCGUUCAGCUUGACGGACUGGUAGUAUUAAAGAUCAUCAAACACUGUCGAGAGUUUUUUCCAAAUUCCGUUACUGGCCAACUCCUGGGUCUUGACAUGGCCGGAGUGUUGGAGAUAACAAAUUGCUUUCCAUUUCCUGGAUCGAAGCCUGACGACGAGAACGAACAACUCGAUGGUGCCCACUACCAAGCUGAGAUGAUGAGGUGUCUGAGAGAUAUUAAUGUUGAUCACAAUACUGUUGGGUGGUAUCAGUCUACUUAUCUUGGGCCAUUCGUUACUCAUAAAUUAAUCGAAACACAGUACAACUACCAGCAAACAUUAAACAACCAGAGCGUCGUGAUUGUCCACGAUGUAUCCAGGUCAACUCAUGGUAAUAUCUCAUUACGAGCAUUCAGAUUAACUCAAGCGUUUAUGGAGGCGCAAAAGGAAGGAAAAUUCAGCAGCGAAUCGCUUAUAAAGAACAAGCUUACGUUUUCUAAUAUAUUGGAAGAGCUGCCAAUUGCAAUCAAAAACUCUCACCUCGUCACGGCGCUGCUAUACUCUCUGGAUGAAGUUCCACCGGUGCCCAAGAAUCUCGACUCUAUUGAAGGUCCGCUUAGACCCAACUUUGAUACAUUAGAGCUGA